AUGUACGUUAUAAAUAAACUGUCUUAUGUGCAACGUUUCCGUGUUGGCCUUGUGAGAUACACACAGGUCACAUUAUCCAUGGGAUACCUCGGCCUUCUGCAUGACGUGAUCGCCAUCCUUCGAUGUGUGCUGGUGAACCCGACAUAUGGCUCGAUCAUGUACUACCAAUCGCCUGCCGCGCAAAACAAGGAAGGCUUCUACGGCGCACCAGCCGCCGAUGUACCCGACAGAAAACGAUUACGAUCUCAGUGUCGGAAGAUGAUGGGCGCUUUGCAAAUGCAGUUAUUUAUAGGCGGAAUUGUGUUAGCAGCAUACGGCAACUCACUGUAUAGUCAAGACUUCGAUGAUCAGCACAAAGCAGAUGUCACAGCAGUCCUUAGGCAGGUCUUCUAG